UAAUUUCAGCCAAUCAGAUGGCAUCAUUUGCGCUGGACUGAACAAGUGUAUCUCAUUUUCCUUCGUGCGCUAUACUUUACGAAAUACGUAUUAGACAAGAAUGGCGUCCUAUAAACCUCUCUGCUUAUUUGCUUUCUUAGCUGUGGUUGCAGCUGCAUCGCCAAUACUCUUGAAAUUACAUGAUGUAUCGCUCUCAGCUUGGGGAACUGUCUUGCCACUAUUUGCUACCACGGUGCAAAACUUGCAUCGCUUCUCCUGGCUACUGGCAUCAUGUUUUUUGCCAUUCGGUUACCUAAUGUUGAAACUUUGGAAGUUAUUCUUUACUCCUUUACAAUUGCAGCGAAAACUCCACGAGAUCGGGUAUAUGUCGAAAGGAAAUCCGUCAUUAAAAGACGUCGCUAACGAAUAUCGAAAGCGACGGAAGUGCGGCGAUAUUCCACCUGUGUACCCAAAUGGAUGGUUCCGUGCACUCGAUUCGCAUGAACUUGCGGUGGGUGAUGUUAAGUACAUUUCCGUGUUAGGAGAGCAUCUUGCGGUGUUUAGAGGAACUGAUGGUGCAGCGUAUGUUGUCGAUGCGUAUUGCCCGCAUCUAGGAGCUAAUUUAGGAAUUGGAGGACAGGUUGUUGGGAACUGUCUACAAUGCCCAUUCCACGGCUGGCUUUACCGAGGAGAGGACGGAAAAUGCGUUGAAGUUCCUUACUGUGAAAAAGUUCCCGAUUUUGCAAAAACAAAGGCGUGGCCAUGCGUGGAGAAGAAUUGUAAUAUCUACAUUUGGUAUCAUGCAGAAGAAAUCGAACCAACCUGGAUGCCUGAUGACAUCGAGGAGAUCGAGAAUGGGACUUGGACAUAUCGCGGUUAUACAGAGCACACUAUAAAUGCACACAUUGAGGUAAACUAGUUUAUGUCUUAACAUUCAGACCGUAUGGCUUUUUAUUGACUUGUGUUUGUUAGAAUAUCAGCCUUUUAUAGUAAAGAUUCCUUAACAAACGUAAAAGUCGGUGAAGA